GCAGCUCAUAGAUUACAUUGAGCUGUGCAUAAGCUGUCAAGUUGCCAUUUGACUGAAAUUUGGCUGUUCCAAAUAUUUUUUGUAGAAAAAAGUUUGUACAGGUAUUUAUUUAGUUUAAGGAGAAACAGGAAACAAGAAGAACAAAGAUGCUGUCUUACCAAGUUUUAAAUAAUGUAAAAAAACAUUUUCGUGGAGUAAUUUGCCAACGGAAUUUAGGUGUUUUUGCUCCUGCACUGCAAAAGGCAACAGAUCCAAUUCAGCAAUUAUUCCUUGAUAAAGUAAGGGAAUACAAACAAAAGAGUGAUGGUGGUAAGAAGUUAGUAGAACCAACACCAGAAAUUGAAAAGGAGCUGAAAGCCGAGUUGGAAAAAGUAGCAAAACAAUAUGGAGGUGGUGAGGGUGUCGAUAUGACCAAAUUCCCAACAUUCACCUUCAAGGAUCCAGUCAUUGAUCCCAUUAACAUGGAAGAAGCCAAAUAAAUUCAGAAAAGUCUUUAUAAAAGGGCAAUUACUAUUUACAUUGUAUGUUUAGUAAAAUAAUUAAACAAUAUGGAAGUUCUUAUAGAA